GAACACCUUGAGCUUCAUCAUGGGAGCUGUAGUAGCUGAUGAUGGUCCAUCUGGUGUUAAAGCCCCCGACGGAGGCUGGGGCUGGGCUGUCCUUUUUGGCUGUUUUAUCAUCACAGGAUUCUCCUAUGCCUUUCCUAAGGCAGUUAGUGUCUUCUUUAAAGAACUUAUCCGGGAAUUUGGCGUUGGAUAUAGUGACACUGCAUGGAUUUCCUCCAUUCUGCUGGCCAUGCUUUAUGGAACAGGUCCACUCUGUAGUGUAUGUGUCAAUCGCUUUGGCUGUCGGCCUGUCAUGCUGGUGGGCGGCCUUUUUGCCUCCAUGGGGAUGGUGAUAGCCUCCUUCUGCACGAGCAUCGUUCAGAUCUAUCUAACAGCAGGUGUGAUUACUGGUUUGGGUCUGGCACUAAACUUUCAGCCCUCACUCAUCAUGUUAAACCGUUACUUUGACAAACGCCGGCCCUUAGCCAACGGGCUGUCUGCUGCUGGGAGCCCAGUGUUUCUUUGUGCUCUCUCACCAUUGGGGCAGAUACUACAACAUGAGUACGGUUGGAGAGGAGGAUUCCUUAUACUGGGUGGGAUGCUGCUCAACUGCUGUGUAUGUGGAGCAUUAAUGAGACCUUUGGAGCCACCCAAAAAGUCUGAAGGUGCCAAAGAACCAGCUGAGAAGAAAGUGAAGAAAAAACUUCUGGAUUUCAGUGUGUUUAAAGAUGGUGGUUUUAUAAUCUACACGCUAGCAGCAUCUAUCAUGGUGCUUGGCCUCUUUGUUCCCCCAGUUUUCGUGGUGAGCUACGCCAAGGAUUUAGGGUAUCAAGACACCAAAGCAGCAUUUCUUCUGACUAUUCUGGGAUUCAUUGAUAUCUUUGCUCGGCCUAUUUGUGGAAUGGUAGCUGGUCUUAAAUGGGUUAGACCACGCUGUGUCUACCUCUUCAGUUUUGCUAUGAUUUUUAAUGGCUUUACAGAUCUCAUGGGUUCUAUGUCUGUUGAUUAUGGUGGCCUGGUGGUCUUUUGCAUUUUCUUUGGCAUUUCUUAUGGAAUGGUAGGUGCUCUUCAAUUUGAAGUUCUCAUGGCUAUUGUUGGUACUCAGAAGUUUUCCAGUGCUAUCGGUUUAGUGCUCCUGGCAGAAGCUAUGGCUGUUCUAAUUGGUCCACCAUCAGCGGGAAAACUCUUGGAUGCAACAGGAAGAUACAUGUUUGUUUUUAUUAUUGCUGGAAUUGAAGUUACCACCUCAGCACUCGUACUGGCCUUGGGAAAUUUCUUCUGCAUUAAGAAAAAACCAGAAGAACCGCAUACAAAGGAAGAAGCAGCAGAAAGAGAGGAAUUAAACAAAUCUGAAGAUAAAAUUCCUGAAGAUGCCAAGGUGGACUCUAUUGAAGUGGAGCAGUUUCUGAAAGAUGAGCCUGAAAAAAAUGGCGAAGUUGUAACUAACCCAGAAACAUGUGUGUGAGCAUGACAGGAAGGCAAAAAGUGUUUAGAAAAGAAAGAUUUUCAACACUAUUUAUUUUAGAAGUAGAACUAGUUUAGGGCUGGGACAUUUGCUUUAUUAACUGGAGGCCAGUCAGCUCAUCAGGUCUCUCUGGAGGCUGAUUAGCUAGACAACCUUUUAUCGGAAAAUUAGCUUUAUUGGUAAAGGUGGAGCAUUGUGGUUAUACUUUUUAUGUAAACUAAAAAGCUUUUAUAAAUACGAGUCUUGCUAUGCAUCACCAGAAACUGCUCACUUGGAAGAGAUAUAGGAAGAAUAUAUUUUAAGAAAAUUGUAACUAUAUGUACGCUUUCAGACAAUAUUGGUGAAAUCACUGUGUUGCGUGGCUGACUGUAAUUCCCUUUCUGUGUUCUUUGUGAAGGGGAGUUUGAGAUGGAGAAAAAUCUCAGGAACUUAAAGGUCUCUGUUAGGCUUUUCAAUUUCUUACUUUUUUAGAUUUUUAGAUUGAUUGGCUCAGCCCCAAUUUAAUUUUGAUAAUAUCUCUUACUUUGAUUUAUGUAAAUGUAUUUCUGCGUUUUGUCUAAACCUGUAAUCUUUGUAAUUGUCAUCUGGAAAUACUGUACAUGGAAAGGCACAUUGCAGAUCCUGUUCUCAGCCGAUCACACAAGUGGUAGUUCGAGCUAGUACUACAAGAAAAGAAAUCAGGAGCAGAAUCAGUCC